UGAAUCUCGCACUUAACUUCUGGCCCGAAGCAAAUGUUCAGACAAAAUGCCGUCUACAUGUCUAAAAUCGCAAAAAAUCUGCAAUCGACAAGUUUCGUAGAUGAUAUGAGGCAUUUUUGUAUCCACUAGCCGUUUUCUAAGCUACAUUUCACUACGAAGGAGGUAAAAACACUUACCGAAAAUGGGUGGUUCGGCGUCAACAACAGAGCGACCAGCACCGCAGGAUCGGAAGGUGUCAACACGAUCCAAAAUGGACGACAGAAUUGAGGCCGACAACGAACGUGUGUCUAGAUUGGUACAAACGAUGACUGCACACCCUAAGAAAAGACAAUAUGGACCGUUAAUGAGUCAGGGCACUGGUGAAGAGUUUGAUGGAUAUAAGGACAGUGUAUACAUCCUGAAGCAACUUUACAAGAAAAUGGACCCAGCUGUGAUGAAGACACUCGGAGAUGCCAAGGGAGAGGUGAAACUUUCCCUCAAGUAUGACAAACAUAGAGAGCUUCUUAUGGUGAAGGUGAUCAGUGCAAGGGACCUCAGCGCUAAGGAUCUACGAGGCAAAGCGUCAGAUCCUUAUGUCAGGUUGGAUCUAAUCCCUGAUGACAGUAGUAAUGGAUCUAAGAUGACCAGCUACGUGCAGAGAUCGUUAAAUCCCAGCUUUAAUGAAAUCUUCACCUUCACUGUGGCAGAGAAAGACAUUGUCAACAGCUUACUACGCAUUCAGGUUUUGAGUCAUGACCACCUCGGCAAAGAUGACUUCAUGGGCGAGAACAUUAUUGAGCUGGGUAUGAUCAACUGGAAUGAUAUUACCACCCGCUGGUUUGAGCUCCAAGCAGAGACUGACCUUGACAUCAGUGGUGACCUUGAGAUUAGUCUUUCUUACAAGCUGCCGGAAACCCUACUAGUCUCAAUUCAUAGAGCUUAUGACCUGGUGUGUAGAGACAAGAAUAAACAGCCCAAUCCAUAUGUGAAGGUUAUCCUUCCAGGAAUUCCUAAAGUAGAAGAGACCAAGGUUCAGCGAGAAACACUCAACCCAGAAUGGGAAGAAAUAUUUGAGUACAACGUCCCCCGGGAGGAGCUGCAAGACAGGUAUAUUGUCUUGCAUGUGCUUGACAAAGCAUUCCUGGGCAACACAGAGGCUAUGGGACAGGUGUUUAUUGACCUGACCAACCUGGAUAUUGAAGAAGGUUACACCGGAAAGUUUCCCCUUGCCGACCUGAAAAACUCAGACAGGGUGCGGACCAAGUGGUCUCAGACUGCCACUGUGCAGGAGUUCAGGGAAUCCAUGUACGCCCAUGCUGCCUACAAGUAUCCUAAGUUAAUCUUCCAGAACCACCAUGGAAACAAGGUUUUGACCGUCCACAGUCGUAAAGCAGGCUCAUCAGCCAAGAUCAGGAUACUGAAUGGAAUACCGAUGUAGGGGAGGUCUUGAGACGAAGGUGAAAAGGAAGAUGACAUGAGAUGGGAGACAACAGGAGAAAGCAUCUGAACUAAACCAAAACCUUAUCAGAAAUCUAAAAUAAGUAACUUAUAUUUAUAGGACGUUUUAGUUCAGGCCUGAUAUCCUUCCUACUUAAGUCUGAUUUCAAACUUUUAUGGCCUAGGAUAUUAAAGUCAACACCAUGUGAAUUUGUAGGUCAGGCCUUGUACUCAAAUGAAAUGUUCCUAUUUUAUUCCAAGUACUAUCCUAAUCGUAAUAGUUGAAGAAUGUGGAAGUUUUAAAUGCUAGAAUGAUAGAUGUAGAAAGCCGACUGGUACGCAACUUGGGAGACAAUGUAAAACAAAAGACAACUCACAGUGUAGAUUAUACAACAAGAAGACCAUAGAACAUUUAACCUUGAAUAUAGAAAGAGUGACCUUGUACAUUCCAAGGCCUUUCCUGGCAGGCAAGACACUACACUGAUCAUGGGGAAUUUUACAGCUUGUUUGAUAGUAAGUUCAUAAUAGCUACAAAAAUACAAACUGUACAAGUUUUGAGAUGUGCCUUCUUUGUUUAUAACAAAACUGGGUAAAACUUGUACAGUGCAAUCUCUAUGAAAAUGGAAUAUUGUAUGUUUUCUUCCACUGAGCUGUGUACAAACAAGACGUUACAGUAUUGUUUGAAGCUUUGCAUGGACUGGAUACG